UUAGAAAAAAAAAAUCGGUGGUUCAAAAAUUAAUAUACAACAGAACUUUCUUCUUUUGUUUUUUUCCAAAAAAAUAAAAUAAAAUUAUACAGAUCUUCGGGGCUCUCUCUCAUACGCAGUCAGUAUUUUUCUCAGAAUUCGAUCGAUAGAAUGGCAUCCAACAAUGGUCAAGGUGGAAUUCAACAACUUUUGGCUGCUGAACAAGUUGCACAACAGAUUGUGAAUGCUGCAAAAAAUGAUAAAUAUGCUAGGCUGAAACAGGCCAAAGAAGAGGCUGCAAAGGAGAUUGCCGAACAUCGAGCUCAUUUGGAAAACCAGUUUCAAAAGAAAGUAUCAGUGAGUAGUGGAGAUUCUGGUGCUAACGUCAAGCGACUAGAGCAAGAGACUGAUACAAAGAUCCAACACCUGAAAACCGAGGCUGGUAGAAUUUCGGGGGAUGUUGUUUCCAUUCUUCUCAAGUAUGUAACAACCGUGAAGAACUAGAAGCCUUGAUGAUAUAUUGGUGCUGCGAGCUCUCAAGUUGUGCUUAAUAUUAAUAUUGUCUUGUGUUUAUUGACGACUCUAGAUUCUGGUGCAGAUAAGAUUCUUGUUUAGGUUAUAAUGCUUAGCAUUUUGCUGCCAUACAUUGAUUCAACAUUAUUUCAAAGUUCGUUAAAAUAAAUUAUUUAGCAUUCAUAGACAUGCCCAUAUGUAUCAUCGUUUCAACAGAGGCGUGUGAGGAACAUUAUGUCAUUGUCAGCAUGUUUUGAGUAAUGCCGGAAUGAAUGGUUUAUUAUUUUAUAAA